AUGGGUGAUUAUCAAGCCCUGCAUGUUGACGACGUGCCAUCCAAGGACAUUGAGCCUGCACCAGUCGUUGAAGUUCCAGAAUCUUCCAAGGGAAUCGUUGUGGCCGAGAAGUCGUCGAGCCCUGAUGUCAUAGGUGAUCAGAGGGUGGCGAUAACCAUAGAUGAAGAAGAGCCGCUCAUCCAGGCUGUGGAGUGCCGUAUCUGCCAGGAAGAGGAUAUCAUCAAAAAUUUGGACUCACCGUGUGCCUGCUGUGGAAGCCUGAAGGUAUCAAUUCUUAAAACUUUUAUCAUGAAACCGUCAUGUUUCUUCCAUAGGUUUCUCUUCAAUCUGUAAACUUUUGUAUGAUUGAAAUAUUUCUUUGGUUACAAUCACUUUUAAGCUUCUGGGUAUGCCCGAUCUAAAUUUACGUUUCCAUGGAAAUCUGGUCGAACAAGUUUAUUGUUUUCAUAGUAAAAGUAUCUGCUAAAAGGACGGUUCUUAUUUUUGCUAUGGAAAGGAAAACGCCGGAUCAUACCGACUUUGGCUUUAAAAUAGGCAGUGCUCAUUCCUAAGUUUCUUGCUUUCUUGAUUCGUUCUAAGCACAUUGAUGGCUGACUCUGUUGUUUACUCUGUUUCCAGUAUGCUCAUAAAACUUGUCUGCAGCGAUGGAUCAACGAGAAAGGAGAUCUUACUUGUGAGAUCUGCCAUGAGGUCCGCAGCAUUUUUAUUUCGGAGUCAAAAUCAUCUGUCUAGCUUCUUAUUUUCUUAGAAAUGACUGCGCUUACCCUGCAAAAGAGGAACAUAACAUAUUAGGAACCAUAUUUAUCCCAAUGUCAUUUUGUGAUCUUCAAGGAAAGAUCAUUGCUAAGUUGCCAGCCUUUUUUAGUGCUUUGAUGGGCCACAGUUGUAGAAGAUGAUCUAUUAGUGAACUGCGUGAUUACAUGAAAAAUUGUAUACUUCUCAUCUUUUGGGUGACGAUCUUCAUAUAUUUCCCCUUAGCGAGAUCACUCCUGAGGUUUCAUGUUGCACAUCUUCUGCUAUAUUUAGUUAUUUACAUUUCCCCAUUGUCUACCACAUAGUAAUUGACGCGCCAGAUCAUCAUUACAUUCGAUCAAGAUCCUGAUUGAAUUUCCUUUCAUGGUUCCUAGCCUUACAAACCUGGUUAUAUCUCUCCUCCCCCUGUCAACCCCGAUGAAGCUGCCAUCGAGAUUGAUGUUAAGUAAGUGUAGCCCUCUACCUUGCAAUUGAUAUUGAAUGGUCCACUUGACGCUGCAACCACCAGCAGCAGCAGCAGCAGCAUCCUCAAUGGCCUAUCUUUCCUGAUCAGCGGCGGCUGGGCUAUCUCUGCUGCCCAUUUGAACUUGGACAAUCAACGGCUUCUGGCGAUGGCUGCAGCCCAGCGACACUUCCUCGAAGCUGAGCACGAUGAUGCUGCCAGAAAUGCCAGCGGGGCUUCGUUCUGUCGCUCUGCCGCUCUUAUUGUAAGCAUCUUCUGCCCCACUGCCUUUAGAAUCUCGCAGAAGAAAAUCGUUUCCCUUGAAUUUCCUUCUGCAAGGCUCACUGCGGCUUCCAAUCUCGCAGAUCAUCCAUUCCCUGUGGGAUGAGGCCUGAUUUUCUCCCCUCACGGGGGGGCGUUUCUUCUCAAUCUUGCAGUUGAUGGGUCUUCUCCUACUGAGGCACGCGCUGACCAUCACCAACGAAGGAGAAGAGGACGCUUCUGAAGUUUUCUCUGUACAGAAGACACCCCAUUUUUCUCAUUUUCCCUUCACUAGUAUCAUUUUAUGUAUCGUCUUCCUGAUGGGGGGGUGGGAUUUCAUCGCAGCUGUUCUUGCUCCGGGCUGCUGGGUUCUUGCUACCUUGCUACAUAAUGGCAUGGGCCAUCAGCAUCCUACAGCGCCGGAGGCAGACACAGGUCACAAGUCAAAUCUCCACUGAUUUCCCCUUUUAAUCUCCAUUCACGUUUCAUUCUCCUGUCGAUCUGGCACUGAGCAUGAUUGUUGGGCGAAUCAGGAAGCGGCUGAACUGGCUGCGGCUGAGGUGGCAUUUAUCCUGCAGUCGGGUCAAGCUCGGGGCCUGCAAUUCACCAUCGAACCAGAGCCGCCAGCAAGCCCCCAAGAGCCAGCGGCGGCGCCGCCGUCCCACCGCUGA